CCGGUUACUGUUAGCCAGCCAUAAACACCAAAACAACGGCAUCUGCCCUUAGCACAGACCACUGAAAGCAUAGAUGGAUUUAAAAGGCUUUCUAGACACAUGGCAGCAUUCCCUUUUACUAUAAUGGCUGUUAUUAGGAAACGUAUUUACGCAAAUACAUAAAGCGGAAUUUGACUUAUUGAUUCUGCAGCCAUUGAAGAUUGCGCAUCUGGAUUUGGCUGAGGUUGCUAACGCUAGCUAGCGAACAGGCUAGCUGGUAGAUUAGAGGGUGAUAGCUGCAGCCUCUCUGCCGUGACUCCCUUUCCUUGCUAGUGGUUAGCUUAUUUGGCUAUCUGUUAUUGAACACUUACUAAGGAAAUAUUAGCUCAUGUGGUAGCUAGCGUUCAGAGGAUAAUUGAAGAUGUAAAUUAUCAUGGGCCCGAAGAGACGGGAACUGGCUGUGCCAGUGAUGGCCCUCCCCCUCCCUGUUUCCGUCAUCCUCCUGGCUCUGUUGGCUCAGUCACCUGUGUGCCAUGCAGGGGACUGUAAGGGCCACAGGCAGGUUUUGAGGGGUCCGCCAGGCUAUGUCACCGAUGGACCAGGAAACUACUCUGUCAAUGGGAACUGCGAGUGGCUUAUCAAAGCUCCCAGUAAUAGUCACCGGAUUGUCCUAAAUUUCACCUUUAUGGACACAGAGUGUACCUAUGACUACCUGUUUGUCUAUGAUGGAGACUCCUACCAAAGCCCUCUGCUAGCCAGCCUGAGCGGCAACACUCUACCACAACCCAUUGAGGCAAAAUCUGGCAAGAUGCUGCUUCAUCUCUUUAGUGAUGCUAAUUACAACCUCCUGGGCUUCAAUGCAACCUACACCUUCUCUCAGUGUCCCGGGGCCUGCGGUGGCCAUGGCCGCUGCGAUUCAUCAACAUCAAAGUGCCACUGCCAUCAGGGUUGGGGAGGAGCCUCUUGUACAACCCCGUUGUGCUCUCAAGCUUGUUCGGCGCAUGGACAGUGUGACAAGAAGGGAGAGCGCUGUCUGUGUGAACCGGGCUUCCUGGGCCAUAGCUGCCAACUUGGUCUCCAUGACGAUAAUGGGUCAGGACAGUGGUGGCGUGUGAGUGAGGGAAACCCUUACACACCCCCCAGGACUGGUUCUGCUGGCGUGUACCUUUCUUCAACUGGAGCCAUGUACCUCUUUGGCGGGUUUGACCUGAACAGAGCUCUUGGUGACUUAAUUAAAUACAACUUCACAUCCAACCAAUGGGAAAGCAGGUCUUAUGGUCACUCCCCUGUGGCUCGUCAUUCCCACACAGCGGUGGAGUGGUCAGGUAAUAUGGUCAUCUUUGGAGGAGAGCUAGCCAAUGGUUCCCUGGCCAGUGAUGUCUGGAUGUACCGGCCACUCCAAGAUGACUGGCAGCAGCUUGGUUUCUCAAACUCACGUGGAGCUCCUAAACUGGCCAAUCAUGCUGCAGCUGUAGUGGACAACCAUCUCUAUGUAUUUGGAGGUCGCACUGAGGAGGAUAUGUUUUCUUCUUCGCUGUAUCGUUUCAGCCUGCGUGGUUCUGGCCGUUGGGAAACUGUCACACCCACUGGUGGAAAACCACCAGCCACCGCUGGACACUCCAUGGUUUUCCACAGCCCAUCCAGGACACUCCUGGUCUAUGGGGGCCAUAGGCCCACCACAGCUAGGUUCAGUGUGAGGGUGAACAACACCGACGUGUUCCACGUUGACAGGCGGUUUUGGACUUCCUUCCGUUCCCGUUUCCCAGCAACAGGUCCCAGAGAAAGAGCCUUCCACUCAGCCACUGUCAUUGGAAACUACAUGGUGGUCUAUGGGGGGAACGUUCAUAUUCAUUACCAAGAGGAAAAGUGUUAUGAUGAAGAGAUAUUCUUUUACCACCUGGGAUGUCAUCAGUGGGUGUCUGCUGGGGAGAGCUUGUCACACAGUGGAGAGACUGUGAGAGGACGUUACUCACAUGUUGCUGCCGUAAUGGAGGGUCAAGUGCUGCUUGUUGCUGGUGGUUACAGUGGUGUUGCCCGUGGAGACCUGGUAGCUUACAAAGUUCCACUGUUUGUCAGUGGUGAUCAAGGUGACAGGGAUGCUGUUUGUGCCGAAGCUUUAGAUGAAAGCAUGUGCCUUAAGAACCCAGCAUGCAGUUGGUGUGAAGGUCGUUGUCGGGAGUACCAGCCCACUAAUCCGUGUGGCAGCACCGGAUGCCUGGGCCUGGCACGUUUCCUGUCUGACUGCCAGUCCUGUGUGGUGUUCAGUGGCACUCCAGCGUCUUUAGCCCGUGCCCCUGGUGAAUUUGGCUGGUGUGUUCAGAAUGAGUCCUGCCUCCCAGUGUCAGAGCGAAGUGCGUGCCGUGUGGACCAGAUCUCAGGGGCGUACGGCUGGUGGGGGGAGCGUACCCUUUUCCUAACCUCCCUCCACGACUGUCGCACCGAGAACUAUGUCCCGGGACUGCACCUGCUCACCUUCCAGCACCCUCGCAACGACUCCCAGCCUGACAAGGUAUCUAUCCUACGCAGCACCAACAUCAUCCUAAGCCCUACCACAGAAAUGGACGUUGCCCUGCAGUUUAGGGGUUUUAUCCACCCAUUGUGGGGGGCCCCCCCACCUUCUUCUCCUCCAACUGAGACAGUCUCCAUGUGGGCGCGCAUACAGAGGCUACAUUUUGAGGCUCGAAUGGCAUCAGGGCCCAACUCAAGCCAGCUGGAGGUGGUGGGCCGUUGGGCUGCCCAGCAGGAGAAGGAGUUGAAGCUGCUGGCUCGUUCAGAUGGAAGUAGACUGUUUUCAAACCUUACUAGAGGCAACCAUUACCUUGUUCAAGCAGAGGGUUAUCUGAACAACUCAGGCUCAGGACAGACUAGUGAGAUGGCUCUUAUCUGGAACAGAACAUUGCCUGGUGGGAGUGAGAUCUCCUUCCUGUUCCUGGAGCCUUACCGCUCAGGGUCCUGCUCAGGGUACAUGUCCUGUCUGGCCUGUCUGUCUGACCAGUCUUGUGGCUGGUGCCCAUCUUUAUCUCGUUGCUUGAUGCGGGACAGCCCUGACCUGGAACCCUGCCCUGAAACAGAGAGAGCAGAUGGUAAAGGAGAGGGUCAGCGCCAUCUGCUGUUGGCUCCUCAGCACUGCACACUGUGUGAAGAGUACAGGGACUGCUCUGCUUGUACUCAGGACCCGUAUUGUGAGUGGCAGAUAAACUCCAGCAAGAAAGGGGACUAUCAGUGUAGUCGACGGGGAAGGCUAGAUGGAUCAAUACGUGACUCGAGGGGUUGUCCCAAAGUCUGCAACCAGAGGAGGACAUGUAGCGAGUGUUUGUCUAACUCCAGCCAGUGUGCAUGGUGUGAGUCAGCGCAGGCCUGCUUCUACUUUGCUGCAUACCUCACAAAAUACCCUUACGGAGAGUGCAGGGACUGGUAUGACAGUGUCCAUUCAGUUCCUCAGUGCAAGCAGUGUUCAGCUUUAAACACAUGCGUGGACUGUCUACGAACAUUCCAGUGUGGCUGGUGCGGUGACUAUAACAAUCCUACUAUUGGAAAAUGUCUGAGAGGAGACUGGGCAGGAAUGGAUGACCCCUCAGUGUACAACUGCAGUGUGGCUGUGGCCGAGGCACGGGCUGCUAAUCCUGAGCCCCAAACUUCGGCUCCACCUCGGCCUCUGGAGAUGGAGCUGGAGCUGGAACAACUGGAAGAUGCAGAGCAAGAUGCCAUCUGGUCAUACCCCACCUGCCCUGAUGUAGAAGAAUGUAGGCUGGGUCUCCACAACUGCCACCCCUUUGCUACUUGCAUCAACACCCCCACCUCCUACGAGUGCCACUGCGAGAGAGGGUACACAGGGGACGGCACACUGCACUGCAAUCAAACCUGCUAUAAUGAAUGCCGCGAGGGCCAGUGUAGUGGGAGCCCACGGUUUGAGUGUGAGUGUUCCCUGGGCUGGACAUCUGAUCCUGCCACUCUGGUCCUGAGUGGUGUUGAAUGUGAUGUCGAUUGUGGCUGCAACUUCCACUCCACCUGUAUUACUGCACCAGGAAUCUGUGAUGAAUGCCAGGACUGGACUACUGGUCCCCACUGUGAGCACUGUCGUCCGGGUAGUUUUGGUUCAGCUCUAGCUGGCGGUGGCGGUUGUGUGCCAUGUGAGUGUAAUGGACACGGGGACCCUCUCCGAGGUUACUGCCACAACCAGACGGGCCAGUGUUACUGUACACACAACACUCAGGGACCGCACUGUGAGACCUGUCUGCCUGGUUACUAUGGAGAUCCAAGGAACAAUGGUACAUGCUAUCGCCAGUGCCAGGGCCGCUCUGUGUUGCUCUCCUCCACCUCUUCCUCUUCAUCUGCACUGCCUCUCUCCUCUUCCCUGGGCUGGCGAAGUGGCACAGAGGGGAAAGGAGGACUCUCUCACUGCCUGUGGGUGUUGUCUGUGACCGAGAACCUGGCACCAUGUCUGCCUCGUCAACUGUGUCCCCCUGUUGCCCUCACUUUACAUCCUGACUCUCAUACACAUUGCAAAAACUCAUAUGUCUAUGUGUUUGAUGGCCUCCCUCGCUUCCUGGGCAACGGUGUGGUACAUUCAGAUCACAAUCUGAUUGGUGCAUUUUGUGGCACGACAAGGACUCAGCCUAUAACUGUGGAAGCCACCUCAGGUAUCAUCUCAGUCUAUUUUGAGGCCAACGUAUCAUCAAACAAACCUCAAGGCUUCAAUGCAUCUUUCUGGGUGCGACGGUGUCAUCAGAGCACUGAUGAGGGUGAAGAUGGCUCACCGGUGUGUCCAGGUGGGGGCCAGUGUCAGGGGGGCCUGUGCCAUUGCCCUCAGGGAUACGGAGGACCUCACUGCGAUCGGCCCCUGUGUCCUCAGGACUGUGGAAUAGCAGAAGGAAGAGGAGCUUGUAAUACAUCUCUGGGAGUGUGUGUGUGCAGUGACAGCUGGGCUGGCUCAGACUGCUCUGUUCCUCGAGACUCCAACAGCCUGAUUUGGGAAACACUGCUGGACACACAGCUGACUGUGAACCAGGCCCAUCGGUUCCUCCACAGGAUGGGCCACACUCUUGUGUCUGGACCACUGGGCAACCUCUGGAUGUAUGGAGGUCUCUCCCUGUCAGAGGGCAUUCUGGGAAAUGUCUAUAGAUAUUCAGUUUUAGAGCACAGAUGGACCCAAAUGUUAACCAGCUCUGUGGAAGAAGGCACAACUCCCAGCCCACGCUAUCACCAUGCCACUGCACUGCUGACCAGUUACGACUCAGGUUCUGGAAGUCACGGAACCAGUCACAACUUCAUGCUAGUGGUGGGGGGCAUCACUCAGAACGGGGUUGCCAUGGAUACCUGGAGUUUAAAUCUCAGCAGUUUAGUUUGGAGAGAGCACAAGAGCUCAGUGCUGCCCCCAGUGGCGGGCCACACUCUCACUGUACGCAGAGACACCUCUGUGCUGUUAAUAGGAGGGUACUCCCCAGAGAACGGCUUCAACCAUCACCUGCUGGAGUUCAGCCUUCACUCUGGAAACUGGAGCAUUGCCCCUCACACUGGCACACCACCUACAGGUUUAUAUGGCCACUCAGCAGUCUACCAUGAGCAAACUGAUGCCAUCUAUGUAUUUGGAGGCUAUCGCUUUCAUGUGGAGACUGUGGAGCCAUCAGGAGAGCUCUAUAGUCUCUACUACCCCAACCUCACCUGGUCUCUACUGGUACCCUCACAGGGAAAUAAGCCUCUGUCCCGUUUCUUCCAUGCUGCAGCCCUCAUCAAAGACACCAUGGUUAUUGUUGGGGGAAGGACAGACGCAGAGGACUACAGUAACUCAGUGUCUCUGUACCAGAUCAAUUGUAACACCUGGAUAAAGCCAGUGUCAGCUGUCGGAGAUCCAGUAAAUCGUUCAGUGUCUCUGGCCAUGACAAGCUGGGGUGGUCGUCUUUUUGUGUCUGGAGGCUUCAAUGGCGUCACACUGGGACGACUCCUAACCCUGACUGUGCCCUCUGACCCUUGUGCCCUGCUGCCAACACCAGAGGCCUGCAACACCACCACAGGCAGUUGUGUUUGGUGUAGGGGAACCUGUGCAUCCUCAGAUAUUGCAGAGAGAAUGGGCUGUUUCCCUGGACAGUCUCCCUGUUCCCCAACUCCUCGUCAAGCAGACCAGUGCCGCAGACUGAAGACUUGCAGUGAAUGCCUUGCCCGGCACCCUAAGACAUUCACAAGUUCAUCACAGCCUGCUCUUCAGUGUAAAUGGUGCACCAACUGUCCGGAGGGCGCCUGUAUCAGCAGUUCUGUGAGUUGUACUUCUGAGCAUGACUGUCGGAUCAACCAGAGAGAGAUUUUCCUGUCCAGCAACUGCACUGAGACCAGCUGUGAGGCUUCAGACUGCCCCAAAUGUACUGCUUCUGGAAAAUGCAUGUGGACUCGCCAGUUCAAACGCACAGGGGAGACGCGGCGCAUCUUGAGCGUGAACCCGACUUACGACUGGACGUGCUUCAGUUAUGCUCUGCUCAACGUCUCACCCAUGCAGGUGGAGUCCUCUCCCCCUCUUCCAUGCCCCCCACCUUGUCAUAGUCUUCAGAACUGCAGCCUCUGUCUGGGCUCCAGAGGCUCAGAUGGGGGCUGGCAGCACUGUGUGUGGAGCAUGGCCCUGCAGCAGUGCAUGAGCCCGUCGUUCGUACCUCUGCGUUGUGAAGCAGGUCAGUGUGGUCGUCUACUCUCUGGUGGAGACUCAUGCUCUCCUCAGUGCUCCCAGCUCAACCAGUGUGCCCAGUGCAUUGCUAGGCCUCAGUGUGGCUGGUGCGCUGCUCGGGGAGGCAAUGGGGCAGGACGAUGCCUGCAGGGAGGACUAGAUGGUGUGAGUGAGGGUGUUUGUCCCUUGAGAAAUAGCAGCUGGUCAUUCCUCCACUGUCCAGAGGAGGAUGAGUGUGCUAAUGGCCAUCACCACUGUAACAGCACCCAGGACUGCCAUGACCUGCCCCAGGGGUAUCACUGCACCUGCAAACAGGGUUACAUACUCAGCAGUGUUUCUGGUCAAUGUGAGCCAGUGUGUGCGCAGGGUUGUGUCAAUGGGACAUGUGUGUCUCCUGGAGUUUGCCAGUGUCACUUUGGCUUUGUAGGAGAUAACUGCUCCUCUCAGUGCAGUUGCAACAAACACAGCAACUGCGCUGGUGUUAACAAACCAGAUGUCUGCCUCGAGUGUCACAAUAACACCAUUGGUAAGCACUGCGAAAAAUGCAAACCUCUGUUUGUUGGCUCUGCCAAAGGGGGGGGCACUUGUCGUCCAUGCCGAGAGUUUUGCAGAGGAAACAGUGCUGUAUGCCUAUCACGUGAUGAACAUAAGAAGGCUCUGGAGAACCCAAGGGUCUUCCCUUUAGACCCCAACAGUAUUCAGAACUGGGUUUCUGAAGGUCCCACAGAAGAAAACGCUGUGUGUGUGAAUUGCCAGAAUAACAGCGUGGGGGACAAGUGUGAGAGCUGCCUCAGUGGCUUUUUCCUACUGCAGGGGAAGUGUGAGAAGUGCCAGUGUAAUGGCCAUGCAGACACAUGUAACGAACAUGAUGGCACAGGCUGCCCCUGCCAAAACAACACCGAGACCUCGUCCUGCCUCAGUAGCCCUCAGAGUGAUCGGAAGGACUGCUACAGACAACAGUGUGCUAAGUGCAAAGACUCCUUCAAUGGAACCCCAGUGAAUGGACGUCAGUGCUACCGUCAGUUCAAUGUGGACACCGAGUGCUGCUUCGACCCCACGUCCCAGACCAACUGCUUCCACGACCCCACCAUUCGCAAUCUGCCUAAAGGCCGCACAGUAUUUUUUGCUGCGCAGCCAAAAUUCACCAAUGUGGACAUUCGGGUCACAAUCGAUGUUACCUUUGGUGAAGUGGAAGUGUACGUAUCCAACUCUCACGACACCUUCAUAGUGGAUGUCGAUCGGUACACGGGAAUACAUACCAUCAAUAUCGAUAGGGGGGAGGAGUCAGUGACACGCGUCACAACAACUGGGGGAGACAAGGACUCUCCUCCGUCACCUAUAAAGGUGUUUGCCAAUGCCUCGUCCAGUCUCGGGGGUCCUGUGCUUUCCCACAACCCCUUGCAACUGCAAGCUAAACCCCCAGGCGCAGACAGAGAAAUUAGGGAAGAGAGGGCUGAGGGACUUAUCACCUACAUUACUGUGUGGAAACCACAGACUGUUCUGAUAGUUCGCGGUGUUCGGGAUCGUGUGGUCAUCACCUUCCCUCAUGAGGUGCACUCCCUGAAAUCCAGCCGUUUCUACAUCGCUUUGAAAGGCGUGGGAACUGACGUGAAGGAGGGAGAGUCGCAGGGACUGCUGUUUUUGCGUCAGGACCAAGCCCACAUUGAUCUUUUUGUCUUUUUCUCCGUUUUCUUCUCCUGCUUUUUCCUUUUCCUGUCUGUCUGCGUCCUCCUGUGGAAGGUUAAGCAGUUCCUGGACUUCCGUCGGGAGCAGCGGCGCCACAUCCAGGAGAUGACCAAGAUGGCGUCACGGCCCUUUGCCAAGCUCACUAUAUACUUAGAACCAGAAGAGCCUCAGCUUAUAUACCUGCCUUCAGCCGGGGGAGGGGUGGGGGGUAGCACUGUAUCGCUUGCUCAUGCUCGCACGAGCAAGUUGGGGGGAGUGGUGGUAGGCCAGAGGGGCAGGGCUGGAGCUGUCUCCUACAAACAUGACCCGGGCUCCGGACCCACAGGCCACCACCACCACCACCUCACAUUGGGCGGAGGGGGUAACAGCGGCCAGCACUUGCCACUGCACUACCUGAACACCCACCACUACGCAAGCACGACAGCCGGGACCCCGGCAUCACAUCACCACCAUCCCUCCACUUACAGUGGCUAUCAGCACUUCUGCCGCUCCGACCCCUUCCUCUCUCAGCUCAUGGGCUUUUCUUACUCCUCCUUCAAAGUGGGGCCCAUCACCCUGGAGCCCACAGAUGAUGGCAUGGCUGGGGUGGCCACUGUGCUCUUUCAGCUGCCUGGGGGUGUCCUGGCUCCAAAUCGUGCCUGUUUGGGCUCUGCACUGGUUACAUUGCGUCAAAACCUGCAAGAAUACUGUGGCCAUGGCAAUGGUGGGGGCCACCCAGGGGCAGGAGCAGGGCGUAAAGGGCUUCUGGGGCAUCAGCACCUGACCACUAUGGCUAUGUAGGGGAGAAAAAAUAAAGAUACAGAGUAAAAAAGAUAAAAGAAAUUAAUCUCUAGAUAAUAAAUGCAUUUUUUGAAGGAAGCAUAGCUAUAAGUCCAAAAGAGUUACAUCAGAGUCUGUUAUGAUGAGCGUUUUGAUCAAAGUUGUACAUACACUGUAUUAUUAAUUAUGUGUCCUUUAUUGUUUUAUGUAUUGCUAUACUGUAUUUCAGUGCUUCACAUGACCAAGCCAGCUGUCUCUAGAAUGCACUAUAACUGCUAUACGUAUCAACAGAUCAACGCUGCGUCCUGUUUGUGAUCACUAACGUGGUAUGAGCACACCUGACAGUCAGUCUCAUACAAAAGACUGAAGCUAGGCCUGUUGUUAAAAUCUUUUCACUAACCAACAGAAGGCGUCGAGACAAGGCGCCUGCUCAUAUUGGAACCAACAUGUGCUUUAUACCCGGAAGGUGACAAUCAAAAUUGCCAUUGAGAACAAGAGACGUUUAAAUUAGUUCAGUGUAAUGUGCAAAACUUUGAUUGUCUGGGCAGGAAGAAAAAGUUGCUCAUGAGACGGUUUUUAUAUCAUAGUGGACAUGAGUGGUUUAUAAUUGUAAUUCACUGUAUGGCUGGCUUAGGAGCUACAUGUUUUUGUUGAACGGACUGAAACCCCGAAUAUAUUUUUGCAUAUUUAUUCACCUGCUCUGUUACGUUGUUGAGUUUCUUCUGCUUAUCUGCCUUCACUUCUUGCCUUGUCUGUGAGUCGACUGGCUUACACUUAAUACUUGUGUUAACUGUAAUGUUUGGUGCAGCUCCUGGAGGACUCGAUAACACAGUUGACGUUUUGUUUUGAAAAAUAAUGAAGGAUAAUGUUUUCAAUUGUAGUCCUCAGUUUCUCACACAAUAAUUUUGUCACAACAAAAGUGAGCUCGUCCAUAAAAAUGAAGAAAUGUGUAAUUUUUGCAAUAUUUGAUUCCAUCUUCGCCAUUUGAAAUGUAUAUUGAUGUUUGGCUAGUUUUGCUGGACUGCUUUCCUCUGGCAACCUGCCUGCCUAAAUGAUUGUAUUAGCAAACCAUAGCUACUAAUCAUAGCUAGCUGAAAAAAAUUGGAUGUUGCAGUAGUACAGAAUGGAAAAUGUUACUCUGAUGAGUAUUGAUAUUGGAAAGGGUUAUAUUUGAAAGUUCUCCUGGUGAGAAAUUUUUAGGAAGACUUGACAGCAUUUCUAUUUGCAAUGAGACUGAAUAACUUCACUGGUUUGUGCUUACGUUAGUAUUUUUUUCCAUUUUAUUUUCUAUUUUGCACUGCAUGGAGGCGAUGAGCCCCAUAAUUCAUGUGAAACACUAAGAGGUGAUGUUGCUCAGUUUCAGUGAGACAUAUUGUCAUGGAGGAAGUCAGACUGGUGCUACUGGAUUCUUAUCAAAUGAAAGAACAGGCUGUGUCAUAAACAGAGUAUUCAAAGCUUAGUAAAGUAAGCUCAAACAAAUACUUUCACUAUAUAAAGCAUCCCUCCUCAAAUAAGCAUUAAUGCUUUUUUGUCCUGUAUCUUUGUGUAUGUUUUUUUUUUUUUUUUAACAUACUUUAUUUUUGUACAUAACUUUUCUUGUGUUUUGUUUGUUUGUUUUCAAAGAAGGGAACAGUGUUGUACAGAAAAUUGCGUGAAGAUUCUCUGUCCUGGAUCAGCUAAAAUAAAGUCUAUGGAUCAUGAUA